UUAACCUAACCUGCAAUAAAUAAUAAUAAGGGGAAAGUCUAACAAUACUAAAAAUUCCAGGUUUCAGCGCCGCUCUUCACCGGCCGGCAAUUAUUGUCGUAUUACCGUCGUUCUAGAUCACACUUACUCACCGCUUGAUCCAGGCAGAUUACGGAACAGGAAAAUAAUCUCGAUCUUGAUAAAUUUUGCUGCCAUUUAGCUAUAAUUUUCAUGACAAAUCCAUGUAGCUCUCCUUUGACCAUGGCUGGACAUAUGUUCCAGUCUUUAGUUUGCUGUUGUUCUGACUGAUGCAUUAACAUAUAUUCUUGUAUUUUUGAUUUCUCAACCUUAUUAUUUGCUUUUCCACCUUCUCUUGGCAUUGUUGUUAAUUGCAUUGAUGGUAGAUUGUACAUCUAAAAGCUAGAUACAGAUUUCACAUAUCAUUUGAUAUCUAGAUUUUGCGAAUUCAUUAAUUUCAUUGAUUUUGAAACUGAUGAGCAUCACCAUCCUGUUGAAUCUUGAAUAUACAUUUAUCAUCCAUUUAUUGAACAUAAUUGCCGUUUAAACUCCUUAAUCCACACCUAAUGGCAUCGUUCCAAUCACUGUGUUUCUCACGUUUCCUCUUCUUUCCCCUUUCCAUUUUGUUUCAAUCUUCCCCUUCUUGUCUUCUUUCUUCUGUAAAUGCUUCUCGCUUCUGUGUAUCUAUCCCAGUUGCUGUUCAAGCUUUUGUUCCUAAAUAUAUACUAUGCCGAGGACACGAGCAAAGAGAACCAUGUUAGCUGUUAAGGUUGAGGAGCCACCAACGGAUGUCAAGAUAGAGAAGCCAUCUGAACCUGAAGAGCAGGUGGAUUUUGAUGGAGAUAAUGAGGACACAGGUGAAGAGGAGGUUGAGUACGAAGAAGUAGAGGAAGAAGUGGAGGAGGAAGAGGAGGAAGAGGAGGAAGAAGAAGUUGAGGAAGAGGAAGAAGAAGAAGAAGAGGAUGAGGAGGAUGACGUAGAUGCUGAAGAUGAACAUAAAGUGAAAGAUGAAGAAAUGGAAUAUGCUGAAGAAGAAGAGGAUUUAAAGAAAAUACACGAUAAACUUUUAGCCCUUCCUCCUUAUGGCUCAGAAGUUUAUCUUGGUGGAAUUCCUCUUGAUUCUUCUGGAGAAGAUCUUAAAGAGUUUUGUGAAUCUAUCGGAGAAGUCACAGAGGUGCGGAUAAUGAAAGAUAAAGAUGCAAGUCAGAACAAAGGGUAUGCUUUUGUAACCUUCAGGACUAAAGAUUUGGCUUCAACUGCUAUCAAGGAGCUUAAUAAUAAGGAAUUAAAGGGUAAAAAGGUCAAGUGUUCAACUUCACAAGCUAAACACAAGUUAUUUAUCGGUAACGUACCUAAAAAUUGGACACUGGAUGACAUGGAAAAGGUUGUCAAAAACGUUGGACCAGGCAUCAAUUCUGUAGAGCUACUAAAGGAUCCACAAAAUUCUAGGCGGAACCGUGGGUUCGCUUUCAUCGAGUAUUAUAACCAUGCCUGUGCUGAGUAUUCAAGACAAAAGAUGUUGAAACCAAAGUUCAAGCUCGAUGAUAAUGCCCCAACUGUGAGCUGGGCUGACCCAAAAAAUGCGGAGUCUUCAGCCGCUUCUUCACAGGUUAAGGCAGUUUACGUAAAGAACUUGCCUAAAGAUGUGACCCAAGAUCAGUUAGAAAAGAUAUUUGAGCACCAUGGGAAGAUUUCGAAAGUAGUCCUUCCGCCAGCCAAAGCGGGCCAUGAGAAGAGUAGGUUUGGUUUUGUUCAUUUUGCAGAGAGAUCAAGCGUUAUGAAGGCUCUGAAGAACACUGAGAAGUACGAGCUCAAUGGUCAAGUAUUGGAGUGCUCUCUUGCUAAACCACAAGCAGACCAGAAAUCAUCUGGAGGAUCUUCAAGCUCACAGAAGGCUGCUUUACUUCCUAGCUACCCUCCCCGUGUUGGGUAUGGUUUGGUAGGAAGUCCGUAUGGUGCUUUGAGUGCAGGCUAUGGUGCAGGAUAUACACAGCCACUUAUCUAUGGAAGGGGGCCUUCAACUGCUGGUAUGGCAAUGAUGCCAAUGCUUUUGCCCGAUGGAAGGAUCGGAUAUGUCCUGCAACAACCAGGUGUGCAGCCACUCACACCGCCGCCAGCACUACCACAACAUCAAAGACGUGGAAGUGGUCGUAGUGGUGGUGGAAAUAGUGGUGGUAGUCGUAGUGGAGGUGGAAAUAGUGGUGGUGGUCGUAGUGGAGGUGGAAAUAGUAGUGGCGGUCGUAGUGGAGGAAGCGGUUCGGGUGGUCCCAAUAGGCGUGGUAAUAAUGAUAGUGGUGGUCGUGGACGUAGCCGCUAUAACCCCUAUUAGCUUUGCAGCAAAGGUGGAUCGCCAACUAUUUUUCAUUCAACUUAUCACAGCACUUGAGCACCCGGAGGACAUUAACGAUUGAACUUAAUUCUAAUCACAAUUGUCAAUUGCUUUAGCAUAUAUAUUCCAUUCCCGUCUUUGCCAAUCCUACUUUGUGAGCUUUGAAUAAUAAAACUUUGUUGUUUAUAUUACAACUAAAAUUAACUGCACCAGCGACAGCAACAGUAAUGGAUGGUGUUAUGCAUUUUUCA